GGCGGGGGAAGGUGCGCUGUGCCUGGUGGUGGAAGCGAGCGGCGGGGGCCAGGUGAAGAGAAAUGAGACAGUUAUACUGUUUUGUUCACAGUCAACAAGCCAUUCUUAUUUUAUCAUUUUGCUUUUUAUUUCAAUUUCCACUCAUGUUCCAUCUCCUCCCUUUAGGUGAGUGACUAAUGUGUUUGAUAUAUGUCCAUGAAUAUGUUGUAUCUUUAAAUAAUAUAUAAUGUUUUACGUAUGUAUCUGUUUUAAAUGUAUGUAAUUGAUAGUAUGUUACAGAUCUCAUUCUGUUACUGAUCUGUUACUGAUGUUUCUGUAAACACUUUACUUGUAUUUUUUUAACUAACCUCACACCCUUGGCCACUGGUCCUGGGCCGAAAUGGGACAGUCAGAAUUUCUUACCCAGAAUUUUUUGAACUGAAAUUGAGAAAGAAAAUCCCUCUCCACUGUGGAAGCCAUAAAAUGUAAAACACAGAAGCUGUCAGCAGCCACAUGCCCUGCCAUAUGGAACCAGCUGGUCUGCAAUGAAAAAGAUACCAACAUGCAAAGAGCUGCAGAGAACCAUGUGUGCUCAAUACUGCAUCUCCUUUGAUGAUGUUCAAAAAGCUCAUGUCAACAUUCAAGAUUAUAUCCACCUCACACCAGUGCUAACAAGCUCAAUUUUGAAUCAAGUUGCAGGGCGCAAUCUUUUCUUCAAAUGUGAACUCUUCCAGAAAACUGGAUCAUUUAAGAUUCGUGGUGCCCUUAAUGCUAUCAAAGUCUUAAUUUCAUCCACUUUAGAGGGGAAGCCCAAGGCUGUUGUUACUCACAGCAGUGGAAACCAUGGUCAGGCUCUCACCUAUGCUGCCAAACUGGAAGGGAUUCCUGCUUAUAUUGUGGUGCCCCAAACAGCUCCCAACUGUAAAAAACUGGCAAUACAAGCCUAUGGAGCCUCUAUAGUGUACAGUGAACCUAGUGAUGAGUCUAGGGAAAAGGUUACAAAAAGACUCAUGGAAGAAACAGAAGGUAUCAUGGUACACCCUAACCAGGAGCCUGCAGUGAUAGCUGGGCAAGGGACAAUUGCCCUGGAAGUGCUAAAUCAGGUUCCCUUGGUGGAUGCACUGGUGGUACCUGUAGGGGGAGGAGGAAUGGCUGCUGGAAUUGCAAUUACAAUUAAGGCUCUGAAACCUAAUGUGAAGGUAUAUGCGGCUGAACCCUUGAACGCAGAUGACUGCUAUCAGUCUAAACUGAAAGGGGAACUGACCCCCAAUCUUCACCCUCCAGAAACCAUAGCAGAUGGUGUCAAAUCCAGUAUUGGCUUAAACACCUGGCCCAUAAUAAGGGACCUUGUGGAUGAUGUCUUCAUUGUCACAGAGGAUGAAAUUAAGUUUGCAACCCAGUUGGUAUGGGAGAGAAUGAAACUCCUCAUUGAACCUACUGCUGGUGUUGGAGUAGCUGCUGUGCUUUCUCAGAAUUUUCAAACAGUAUCUCCGGAAGUAAAGAAUAUUUGUAUUGUGCUCAGUGGUGGAAAUGUAGACUUAACCUCCCUAACUUGGGUGAAGGAGGCUGAAAGGCCAACUCCGUAUCAGUUUGUUUCUGUUUAAUUUA